CCCCGGGUCUGGCCCGCUGCUAGCGCACUAAGGCGUAAGUCCUCAGCGGGUUUCUUGCCCUAUCCUGGGAACAGGGUCUGGAAGCGCUGCCUCGUCUCCCUCCCCACCAUCCCCGGGAAGCGGAAUAGCCCGGGUUAACAGGCUCUAGCUGUGGGCUUGGCUCUUGGGAAGUCGGCGCGGGGCGUGGCCGGGAGGACCUGAAGGAAAGCGAAGGCACAAACAUGGCGGCCUGGAGCGAUCAGAGGAAUCCCGGGACGCAUGCCCGAGCCGCGCCCGUCUUGUACUUCCGGAAUUUAAAGCCAGCUUCCGGAAGCCCCAGGGUGUCCCCAUGACAACCGACUUUGGCUCUUUGAGCAGGUCCUUGCCUUAAGUGCCAGGGAAACAGCUUGCCUCGCACCAAGGACUGGGUAGAGAACCAGAAGUUUUUUUCUCCAGAACUGUGGAAUGUGCCUUUGGGAACCCCCAAAAGCAGAGGGAAGAUGCUCCAGACCAGUAACUACAGCCUGGUGCUCUUCCUGCAAUUCCUGCUGCUGUUCUAUGAUCUGUUUGUCAAUUCCUUCUCCGAGCUACUCCGAAUGGCUCCUGUCGUCCAGCUGGUACUCUUCAUCAUACAGGAUAUUGCAAUUCUCUUCAAUAUCAUCAUCAUUUUCCUCAUGUUCUUCAACACCUUCAUCUUCCAGGCUGGCCUGGUCAACCUCCUAUUCCGUAAGUUCAAAGGGACCAUCAUUCUGAUAGCUGUGUACUUCGCCCUCAGCAUCUCCCUUCAUGUCUGGAUAAUGAACUUACGCUGGAAAAAUUCCAACAGCUUUGUUUGGACAGAUGGACUUCAAACACUAUUUGUAUUCCAGAGACUAGUGGCUGUGCUAUACUGCUACUUCUACAAACGGACGGCUAUGAGACUGGGCGACCCCCGCUUGUACCAGGACUCUCUAUGGCUGCGCAAGGAGUUCAUGCAAGUCCGAAGGUCUGGGGAUGGAACCCAGGGUCUCACAUGCCAGCAGAUUUACCACAGAGCUCAUCCUCAACCCUAUGAAUGAUGUAUUCACACAUGCCUAUAUUAUUG